AUGAUUCAAAAGCACAUCUGUGUAGCCUUCACAGAAAAGCUACCUUCCCCGCCAAAUAUCAAUACAUUCCAUAAUUUCAAUGAUAAGACCCAAAUCAGAGUUCCAUCUGUCAACGUGUAUAUAAUUCUUGGUGAUGAAAAAAGUGCCUGGAGCCUCGGUUUGGCAGAAAAAUUCUAUCUAAUUUUGGGAAAAGUGUGGAUUCUGAGAAAUCUCCACUCAUCACAGUGGAGAGAACUUAUUUCCGCUGUGGCUGAAAAGCCACACCUAUUUCAAGAAAUGCUAUUAUUCUCAAGCAAAGUAAAACAAAUCCCUGGCUUCAAACAAUUUAUCAAUACCAUUGAACCUUCCCAAUAUCCAGAAGACUUUUAUUUACAUGAAUUAUGGAUUUCUUCUUUAAAUUGUUCACGUGAUGGAUUACUAUGUGGCAAAAUUAAAGACUGCCCACCAAAUUCUUCCUUAGAGUUUAUGUUAUUUGAGGUCGACACAAUAACCAUGUCUGACUUCAGUGUUUUAACCUAUGACGCUGUGUACAUGGUAGCCCAAAUACUUGAUAUAAUGUUUUUUCAAGAAAUAGAAAUGAUAACUGCUGAAGAUGCAAAGGACCCAAUGCUUCUUUCCAGGCAGCUUCAUUUAUUUCUGAGGGAAAUCCACCUUAUGGACACUGAGUAUAACCUGUAUCUAGAUGAAAGAAAUAUGGCACAGUAUUGUAUCUACAACUUUGCAAGAUUUUCUGAUAAUAAUUUAACUCAUUUACUGCCAGUUAAAGUAGGAGACUUUGUCUACAGGAGCACCCAUGAUCAACACUUGGUAAUCAAUGAAGAGAUGAUAAAAUGGCCUGCUAGCUUCAAAGAGACUCCUAAAUCUGUGUGUAGCCAGAGCUGUGGUCCUGGAUUCCAGAAAAUUCUCCAGAAAGGAAGACCUAUCUGUUGCUUUCUUUGUGUUCCCUGCAAAGAGCAAGACAUUUCAAAUCAAACAGAUGCGGAACAGUGUAUCCACUGCCAGCCUCAACAAUACCCAAAUCUUAUCCCCCGCCAGCCUCAACAAUACCCAAAUCGUGAGAGGACACACUGUCUACCCAAGUCUGUGACAUUUCUGGCUUUUGCUGAUUAUUUAGGAAUGUCCAUGGUCUGCAUGGCUCUGUGUUUCUCUGUGGUCACAGCUGCAGUUUUGGGGGUCUUCGUGAAGCAUCGACACACUCCCAUAGUCAAGGCCAAUAACCAGGCUCUCAGCUUCAUCCUGCUCAUCUCCCUCCUCUUGUGCUUCCUCUGCCCCUUACUCUACAUUAGCCAUCCUAACACAGUCACCUGCAUCCUCCAACAAGUCACAUUUGGCCUUGUGUUCACUGUGGCAGUUUCCACUAUUUUGGCCAAAACCAUUACUGUGAUUCUGGCAUUCAAGGCAAUGAAGCCUGGAAGAACCAUGAGGCACCUGCUGCUAUCAGGGGCUUCUAACUCUGUCAUUCCUAUUUGCUCCCUGAUCCAAAUGAUUAUUUGUGGAGUCUGGCUGGUAAUCUCUCCUCCUUUCAUUGACAUAGACUCACACUCUGAACCCAGACACAUCAUCAUCAUGUGUAACAAGGGCUCAGUCACUGCCUUCUACUGUGUCCUGGGAUACCUGGGCUUCUUGGCCCUGGGGACAUUCACUGUGGCGUUCCUGGCCAGAAACCUGCCUGACACAUUCAAUGAAAAACUUCUUAAUCUGAAGUAA